GACCUCCCUCCCUCCAUCGUUAUAUUUUGAAAUUCAAAUGGGAAGCUGUGGUUGGUUGUCCAUGAACUCUCCACUUUCCCACGAAGAACAAAACUAAACCCAUUUCUCUUUCAAAGAUUUUGAAUUGUUCCUCUGCUCAAAAAGGCUGGAGUUCCUUUCUGUCCUUCAGAUAACCAUUGCCUCUAAAGCUUUGACUAUCUGAUAUCAUUUAAUACUCAUUGCUCUGUUUCUUCUCUGAUUUGAUGGGGGGUUCUGGGAAAUGGAGGAAGGUCUUUACAGGGCAGAGGAAGUCUGAGAAGGACGACAAUGAGAAGUUGUGUAGUAAAACUAAGAAAUGGAGGCUAUGGAGGAGCCCUUCAGGGGAUUUGAGCUCUGUAUGGAAGGGUUAUAAAGGGGCACAUAAAGCAGCUUCUGAAGGCUCUGAUUCUCCUCGAGCGCCUGAUUCUUUUACUGCCGCCGUCGCCGCUGUCCUCCGUGCUCCGCCCAAGAAUUUCAGGGUUGUCCGCCAAGAAUGGGCUGCAAUUCGGAUCCAAACUGCAUUUCGUGGUUUCUUGUCUAGGAGGGCUCUUAGAGCCUUGAAGGGAGUGGUGAGGCUUCAAGCUCUGGUGAGGGGUCGUUUGGUGAGGAAGCAGGCAGCUAUUACACUGAGGUGCAUGCAGGCUCUGGUUAGAGUCCAAGCUCGUGUCCGAGCGCGUCAUGUGAGGAUGUCGGUUGAGGGGCAGGCUGUGCAGCAAUUGCUUAAUGAACAUCGCAGCAAGGCUGAUCUCCUAAAGCAAGCUGAGGAAGGUUGGUGUGAUAGCAAAGGGACAAUGGAAGAUAUCAAAGCUAAGUUACAAAUGAAGCAAUAUGGAGCAUUUAAGAGGGAAAGAGCAAUUGCUUACUCUCUUGUUCAGAAGCAAUUGAAGGCAACACCAAGCUCAACUUCGCAAGUAAAUGCAUCGAUUUACGCUCUUAAGAAUUCCGAGUUCGACAAGAACAAUUGGGGAUGGAGUUGGUUGGAGAGAUGGAUGGCAGCUAAGCCAUGGGAGACAAUGUUGAAAGAACAAUCUCGCACUGAUUCCAUUGAGGUCACUCCACCACCUUCAAAGAAAUGUAUAGAGUCUAUCGUACCUAAACAUUCCAUAGUUUCUGAACCAAGUUUGGUGAAGAUUCGGAGAAACAAUGUAUCCACUAGGAUAUCUGCUAAACCUCCCUCAAGUGGGCAAGCUCGUUCUUGUUCUAGCCCAAGUUCUGAUUUCCGGUACGAUGAGAGCUCUGUUUCAUCUUCGAUCUGCACAUCGACAACUCCUGCGUCGGGGAAUGUUUUCUCAACCAUUGAAAGACCUGAGAAUAGCAGUUAUAGUAGGCCAAGUUACAUGAACCCUACAGAGUCGACAAAGGUGAAGCAGAAAACAAACAGUCAUUUAUCGCAUCGAGUUCAAAGGCAGUCCAUGGAUGAGUAUCAAUUCCUUCAGAAGUCAGCAGGUUUCUCUACUGGGGAUUCUAAGAGUAGUGCUGGCUCUGAUUCAUCAGUCAACCCCUUUAAGCCAUUCAUGCUGUCCACACGAUUGGAUAAGAAUGGAACAAAGCUAAGAUCAUGAGCAAUUAGAGAGAGGCUCGCUUAUGAAACCUGUUUCUGUUCAUUCUAGAAGAGUUCUGCACUGCCUUAUUUCUUAAUUCCUGCCAUCAAAAUUGUGAAUCAUUCGACAGAGUUGUAUUGUGUCAGAUCCAAUGGAGAAUGGCUCGUUCUUUGUAUUAUAGCUCUUGUUUUUGCCACUUCUGCAAAUUUUGUUUAGAACUCUUGGCCUAAGCUUAUAUUAUCUGGAUCAGAUCCUUUUGAU